AUGACCGAACCACAACACCAUCCGCAUCUGCCACAUAUCGGCAAUGGCCACUACGAUGGCGAAGUGCAUCACCACAGGAAGUUGAGCGACAGGCUAGAGGCGCGCGGUGAGGCCGAUGGAAUGCACUCGCCGCCGUCGUCGCGAUCGUCUUCGUCGAACGAUGACCAGCUCGCCAACCAAGCUGACGACACGGCAAAGCAGAACGGCAAUGCGACGGGGUCAGACAAGCAGUCGCUCGGAUACGACAUCAAGCUGACGCGCCGCUCGUCUGAUCCUGCCGCCGACUCGCAGACGCUUUCGCCCGACGAGCUGCCCGAGCAUUGGGUGCCAACUAUGGUCUCGCAGCUCAACCGCGCCACCUCGAGCGCGUUUGGCCAGCUCACCUCGGGCGCUCCCUCGCCGCGACGCAACUCCAGCGCCGAUCAUACAGAUCACGACCAGCCGGAACGUAAAUCCAGCGAGGGCCACGUGCUGCCGCGGCUGACGUUCUGCAACCCGUGGAGCAAGAGCUUCCGCAAGCCGGGCGUGAAAGAGCUGCUCAACGGCGGACUCAAGUGGGGUCUGCCGGACAGCUACACCGAAGGAUCCGGACGCGGUUCCGUCCGCGCGUCCGGAUUCAAGUCGCAAAAGAAGGCGCAACGACAGCUGCAGCUCGCCAAGCAGCAGGACGAGGAGCUCGGAGAGGGGUGGGAUGACGUCGGCGUCGUACAACCUCACUGGGGUUGGCCAUCGUCGGCGCUGCAAAAUGAAGUGAAAGACACCCGAAACACCAACGCUUCUAUCGGCGACGUUCCAGGGCCUAGCGAUGGGGGCGAGGCGGACUUCAAGGCCAAGGAGCGCGCGGUCAACGAGUGGUGCGAUCCAACCGAUCCCUCUCGUCCUGCGGCGCGGGUGACCUGGCUUGGCCACGCAAGCACGCUCUUACAGCUUCCGCCGCUGGGUGGCACCAGUCCCGGCGAAGGGAGGGAAGAUGUAUCGGGUCGAUCGCUCAAUAUCCUCUUUGACCCAAUCUUUAGCGAGCGCUGUUCGCCGUCGCAGUCUGCGGGGCCGCAGCGCUUCACGCCCGCACCGUGCAGCGUUUCCGACUUGCCGCCAAUCGACAUUGUGGUGAUUUCGCACUCGCACUACGACCAUCUGGACUACCACACGUUCCGGGAGCUGCGCCACCUACGCGGGGAUCGCAUCCAUGCCAUCGUCCCGCUCGGCGUCAAGGACAAGCUGACGGGCGCGGGUGGGUUUGGGUGGCAUAAAGACCAAGUCAGCGAGCUCGAUUGGUGGGACCAUGCCACGCUCACCUGCACCGGCACCGGGUCGGUCAAAGUCAUGUGCACGCCCGCGCAGCACGGUAGCGGCCGAGGGGCGGGGGAUAAAGAUGCGAGUCUGUGGGCGAGUUGGGUGGUCGAGUGGAACAACGACUCUGCACGCUUCGCAGCAUUCUUUGCGGGGGAUACCGGGUUGAAGUUCCACCACGACAGUCCGGACAAGCGGCACAAGUAUCCAGCGUGUCCGGCGUUUGGCGAGAUUGCGCGUCGAUGUGGACCGUUUGACCUGCUGCUGUUGCCGAUCAGCGUGGGAAGCUCGUUGAGCUACUUUCGGUCGUGGGAUCCGUUCCCGCGUGCGAUGUCGCCGUUCCCGCGUGUUUCGGGUACACUCACGUCGAGCAUCCACAUGGACCCGUACGACGCCGUCGAGUGCCAUGCCAUCUUCAAGGCAGAGGAGAAGAAGCCGAGCAAGGUGGUGAGUCUGGCGGUGCAUUACGGCACGUUUGUGCGCAACGAGGAACAGACGAGGGCGGAUGUACGAGAAUUGGGACAGGCGUGCUCCAAGCAGCGGCUGCGAUUUGCGCGGGUGCGCGACGAAACCGCUCUGCUCCAUUCACAGUCCAAGGACGAUGUGUUCAUCGUGGCCGAUCAGGGUAAGACGGUCUGGUUACCCAUCCACACGACCUGA